UCCAUCCAUCCAUCUCCAGAGUCCCCGCGUCCUGCUGCCAGCCAUGGCCAGCCCCCUCCUAUUCUCGGCCGCCUAUCUAUCUAUCUAUCCAUCAAUCCAUCCAUCUAUCUCCAGAGUUCCCGCGUCCUGCUGCCAGCCAUGGCCAACCUCCUCCUGCUCUCAGCGACCUCCGUGUCCGCAGGCGCCAAGCGGGGACACUGCGCCUACUACGGGGUGUGUGACGACGACGGACAGACGACAAGCGCCAUCGACAACCCUCCAACAAACCCAACACAGCCCCCGGCCAACAACCCAACUCCCACCACCACCUCUUGCGGCGGCCCGUGCCAGAGGCGAGUCUGCUACUACACCAGCUGGGCCCAGUACCGACAGGGCGACCGGAACAAGUUCUUCCCGGAGGACAUUGACCCCUCCCUGUGCAGUCACGUGAUGUACUCCUUCGCCAAGAUGGUGGGCAACAACUUGGCGGUGACGAAUCUGAAAAACCAGAACCCAGAGCUCAAGGUACUCCUGGCCGUGGGCGGUUGGAACAUGGGCUCUGACGAGUUCACGGCCAUGGUGGCCACCCCAGGCAACAGGGCAGAGUUCGUGACCUCCAGCAUCCGGUUCCUGCGAGAGCACAACUUUGACGGCCUUGACCUCGACUGGGAGUACCCGGCCAACAGAGGGAGCCCGCCCGGAGACAAGGAGAAGUUUGCCACUCUGGUCAAGCCAAGCACAAGCUAGUGAUCGGCAUGCCCCUGUACGGCCGCUCCUUCACACUGACCACCGGGAACACCGGGGUGGGAGCCCCCGCCUCACCGGGUGCCAAAGGUCCCUACACAGGCGAGGCCGGCUACGCCAGCUACUACGAGGCCUGCCAGAUGAUCAACAACGGCGCCGACGUCUAUUUCCUGGAGGACCAGCGCGUGCCCUACUUGGUGUACGGUGACCAGUGGUUAGGCUACGACAACCCAAAGAGUCUUCGAGAGAAGGUGCGCUACGUCCGCGACAACGGCUACGGCGGCGCCAUGGUGUGGGCUCUGGACCUGGACGACUUCAACAACGCCUACUGCGGAGCCGGAAAGUACCCGCUCCUCACGGCCAUCAACGACGAGUGCUCCAGAUAGUCCCCGGCGACCCCCCACGGGCCGCUCUCUGAGGCAACAGCAGCAAAGUGUGCGGCUUUCAUCACUGUGUCGACUUUUUUCCCUCACGGAAGACGCGCACGUUCUGGUCAGGUCACACGACGUGCGGUUUCGGUCCUCUUAGAAGAAGCAGCAGAACUUCCCAUUAACAGUACAGAUUUUUUCAAUUCCGUUUUACUUUCAUGUAACCCUCCGAAAAAACAGGCAGCAACGUACCUUCUGCGAAAUAUGUGAACUCCUGUUUCAAAUUGGUGUAUGACGCUGCCACAUAUGCUGCACAAUUUUUUGUGGUCUUCUGAUCAGAUAUAUGUGUCUGUGACAUCCUUGCGGGAUUAACUUUGAGCACAUUGACACAAUAACUGCCAUACAAAGUGCCGGGGAAAAAAAGCAAGACCAGCAAAAACACUAGAUCGAAAUUAAAGCAGUAGGACUUACGAAUGGCACCCCCCAACCACCCACUCUUCGCGCAAAGAAGAGCAAAUCGGAAAAACCCCAAAAAUGGUCAUAAAGUGGAGGGAAAAGCAAGACAGACGGACAGAAACAAGAGAUGGAAAGAAAAGAAGUAGGACCUCCAACUGGCACCCUCCUUUUAUCAACACGUCCAGUGUCCUUCGCAACAAACAAUGUCUUCGUGAAAGUGGAAACGCAAAAAAGCAAUUAUCUUAGAUCAUCUACUCAAUAAAUAUCUUGAAAAGUGGGCAACAAA